AACGGUACCCAGCGACGCUUAAUGCCGGCAUGGCGCGCGUGCGCGGUAUCGUUUGCGAUGUUUCAAAACAGUCACAGUGGGAAUAUAACAUGCGAAAAAAUGAACGACCCGUCUAAAUCACGGAAUUUGGCACAAAAAUGAUCUUGGGGAAAAAAAGUAAAUGGCCCGUCACUGUUAAAGAAGGAACAAAGAUGCCAGUUCUUCUACAAGAUUGCAGGUUUUGAUUUUCCGGAUGAAAUCGUACAGAACUACCUAAGCCCACCUGUUCUUAACAUUGCACAAGUAAAAGCGUCGCCGACGAAGAAGCGUGUUAGCGUAAUGGCGAAUGUGGAAGAGGUUGGAGAAGUCCGUAAUGUCGCAGGAGGGAAGAGAAUACGCACAGUCUCGUUAAAUGACGGAGAGGAGUCCAUUCGGCUUAGCCUCUGGGAAGAACAUACGGACAUUCCCAUUCACAUAAAUGAUCGACUCAAAAUCGAGUGUGUGGAGGUUUCGGAAUGGAACAACGUAAAACAAUUGGAUUCGACGUCAGCCAUGCGUGUUGAGCCAGUGGUAAUGAAUGAUGAGGAUAAGACUGGCCAAGUUAUUGCUCUUACGAGUGACAACCUGGAAUUACCAUAUGAAUUGAUUUUCGAAUGUGAUGGAACAGAAUACGAGGUCACCGUCAAUGGUCAAUCCAAUAUUGAAGUAAACCUGCACCAUCUGCCCACAAGGGGGAUCUUGAGCAUCCGGCAGGAGGGGAUGGUCAUGGUGUGCGUCAGGUUGAGACAGGAUGAUGUUUAAGUUUAUGUAAGACUUUACCUUAGGAUGUAUAGGUUUUAGCAGAGCCAUCAAUAAACAAAGUUCGGCCAACCCGGCUCGUUUAGGUUAUAACAUGGCGCAUAUUGCUUUGUUAGGCAAGCACAAUACAAAAGAAAAUGCGCCAUGUUGUUACCCAAAUGUAACCGAGUUGGCCAAACUCUGUUUACUAAUGGCUCUGGGUUUUAGUUGAAGGUAUAAAGUACAUGUUCAUGUUAAUAUUAUUUUGAUUUGGAUAUAAUUGGUGAUGUACAUUGCCUGUAUUUUCCUUUAGUUUUAUUAUUAUUUUUGCUUUUGGUAACUUUCAAGAAACUUCUUUCAUACAUCUAAGAUAAUAAAAAUAAAAGGUAUACACUCAAUAGAGCUUUCAUUUUUGUGAUCUUGCUUGAAAAAAUAUGGGUUAUCAAAAAUAAUGCAAAUUACAGGCAGUGCCACUAAUUAUUUUAGAUAUGUAACAUUUGACUUACAUUGAAUCAAUGUAAGUAUUAUCAAUUAUGUUGUGCAGAAAGUAUGAUUAUUUAAUUGUUUUCCAGAUGAGCAUGAUGCUAAUGAAACUAUUUUUGAUACUGUUAUAUUGGUAAACAAACCCAAAUACCUAGACAUGCAUACUUUAGUUAGAAAUAUAGUAUUAUUAUGUUUUUCCUAUGUAAACAUGUAUUAAAUUUUCACUAAACAGAAAAACCUUCAAAAAAUUAUGUUACCAAAUAUAUGCAAAACUCCAUUUUUAUUAAAAAAAUGAAGUUUAUUUUUGUUAUUGUGGUAAAAAUGUUUGUUUUAUAUUUUCUAUGAUAUGUAAACUUUUGACCCCAAUCGUACAUUUAAAUGUGAUUUUGUUGUUUUGGAUAUGGUUAUACAUAGUUGUUGGUUUUAACUGUUGGAAUACAGAGGUUAAAGGUCAAGGGCCACAGAUGUCACCCUUUUUUGAAAUAAUUUGUUUUAAGGGGGAGGCAUAUUAGACGUAGUUGUAUAAAUUGUCUGGUUUAUAUUUUUGUUAGCAAUUUAUACUAUAUACAUGUAAUUUUAAAGGUGAAUUUUAAGUGUUAGUUUUGGAGCCUGACAACCUUUUUUUUUUUGGGGGGGGGGGGGAGUAUUGAGAAUAUUCUCCAUAAUGUUGGUUAUAAUUGUUCUAUUUUAUCAACUUCCGUCACAUUGUUUGCGUUUUGUUUGAAACUGUUGGGUUUGAAAGUUCGAUCCUGUAAGAUAUGUUACAAUUUUCUUGUGCAUUAUAGAUAUUUCUGUUCAUGGUCAAGUAUUAAGUUGCAUUUGAAUCAUUGCUUUCUUAAAAUGUGUUAAUUGUAUGACA